AUGGAAGACAAAGAUCAAUCUGCUAACCCAGCAAGCCCUUUUUACCUGCAUCCUGGAGAGAAUCCAGGCCUCACCCUCAUUUCUCAGGUCUUAAACGAGUCCAAUUAUCCCUCUUGGAGCCGCUGCAUGAGAAGGGCUCUCCUCUCAAAGAACAAGAUCAAGUUUAUUGAUGGGUCUAUUAAAAAACCUCAAAACAACAAAGAUCCUUUGUUUGAUGCAUGGGAAAGAUGCAAUGUUAUGGUUCUUUCAUGGAUUACGAAGACACUCUCCCCACAGAUUGCAGAGAGUGUAAUAUACGUAAAAGAGGCUAAGGAUUUAUGGGAUGAAUUGAAGGAGAGAUUCUCUAAAGGUGACUAUUUUAAAAUUUCGGAUCUUCUUCAAGUGAUUCAUUCGAUAAAGAAAGGGGAAAGAAGCGUUAGUCAGUUCUUUACUGAUUUAAAAAUCCUAUGGGAAGAACUUGAAUUUUUGAGACCAAUACCCAAAUGCACAUGCAAGACUCCUUGCAGCUGUGAACUGUCAAAAGUUUCUUUGAAAUACAGAGAAAUAGAACAUGUCAUAUGUUUUUCGAAAGGGUUAAAUGAGACAUAUAACACUGUCCGAACCCAGAUCCUAUUGAUGGAGCCUUUACCUAAUAUUAAUCGGGUUUUCUCUCUUAUUAUGCAACAAGAGAGGCAAGAAAAGUCUGAUGUUGGUACCUUUAUCCAGCAUACUGCAAGUGAGACCACCAGAGUCUUAGCCAACAUUACGGACAGAAACAACAAUUGGAAGACAGAACAACCCUGGAAGGGUCAGGGUAGGGGUGCUGGACCAUAUAAUCCGGGAAGGGGGAGAGGAAGGAAUCCCAACCAUGGAAAACAGUGCUCCUAUUGCAAUAAAAUGAACCAUACUAUAGAUGAGUGUUACUCUAAACAUGGGUUUCCACCCUGGUACAAGAAGAAUAAGGGUAAUCAAGAAAGAAAGAGUGGAUGGAAUUCCACUAAUGUCUGCCAAAGCAACACUGGAUCAGAAAUAGCUAACCAGGGAGGCAGUAACACUAAUUUUAACAAACUGACUCCAGAACAAGUUGAGAAACUCCUCAAGAUGAUUGAGAAGGUUGAAGAACCCAUACACAACAUUAAUCAGAUGCAGAGAAAAGACCAGGAAGACAAACCAGGUAUUUCCUCUUGGAUUAUUGAUACAGUAGCCACUGAUCAUGUGACUCAUGAAAGAAAAUAUUAUGUUACUUUUUAUAAAAUAAAACCAAUCACUGUUAAAUUACCAAACAACUCUAUUGUUACAGCUGAACAUGGAGGAACUAUCCAAUUUUCUAAAGAUUUUGUUAUUUUCAAUGUGUUGUAUAUACCUACUUUCUCUUUCAACUUAAUUUCUGUUCAAAGUCUUGCAAAAGACUUGAACUGCAGUCUUAUCUUUUCUUCUGAGCUUUGUCAGAUAAGGGAGAACACUACAUUGNAGAUGAUUGGGUAUGCUAAUCCUCACAAGGGCCUAUACUACUUGCAAGCUUUUCCUACUCAUGAUCNNGAUUUUGCAUCAAAGUCUGUUUUUACUUUUAAACAAGUUGAUGUAAAUAUAUGGCACUAUAGAUUAGGCCACCCUGGCCACAAAGUUGUGAAACAGAUUUGUGAAAGUUUUCCUUAUGUUCAAAUAAAUGAUAAUGCCAUUUGUGAUCCCUGCAGGCAGCCUGUCUACGAUGAUGGUGAAAGGAUUGAAGAGCAUGAGGUACAGGGAAAUGAAACAGAAACAGAUGACACUGAUAUUGCACCUGAUAACAGUGAAAGGAAUGAUGGACAGAGGAGAUCUGAAAGAACCAGGAAGCCUCCAACAUACUUGAAUGAUUAUGUUCACCAGAAAAACAUUUAA